UAAGAGCAGAAGCGACGCAAAUAGGGAAGAACCGAAGAAGCUUACCCGAGAGCAGAAGCGACUCAACCCAACACCCUCACCCCUGUCGAAAUUCAACUCAUAUCUUGUACGCAAUACUAAUAAGAGAAAGACCAAAUACCUCUCUCUCUGUCUCUCUCUCUCUGGAUAUUCUUCGUUUGCGUCGCCGGCAAUGGAUUAUUCUCCGAAGUUGUUCUUGAUUCGUUUCAGAGCUUCUGCGAAUUCGUUCCUAUUGGAAUACGAGCCUCUGGCUCUGCUUCUCGCUCCCCUCCUCGCUUUUCUCGUCGCUCGGACGCUUCAAUCAUUUCUCGGUGUGGUUCACGAACGAGGACUCAAAGCAACCUUCAUAGCGUUCCUCAUGAGCCUCCUCAAGUUGGUUCCUGGUGUCAAGAAUUACAUCGAUGCUGAGAAACAGAAGGUUGUGGAUAAGUUACAAUCUGGUGGUAAAUCUAAGCGAGAUGGUUGGAGGACCGAGCUGCCGAGGGCAGGUUUGGGAGUUGAGGUCAUAGAGAAAAUGAAAGAUGAGAAAAGAAAUGAUGUGGAUUGGCAAGGAAAAUGCUCUGGUACAGUCUACAUUGGAGGAAGUGAGUCUGAAGGACAUUUUUCUCUGAUUAAUGAGGCAUGCUCAAUGUUUGCACAUACCAAUCCAUUGCAUUUGGAUGUAUUCCCGAGCGUAGUACGGUUUGAAGCAGAAGUGGUUGCAAUGACAGCUGCACUGCUUGGCAGUAAAGAAAAGGUUUCGGGAGGACAAAUAUGUGGAAACAUGACAUCAGGUGGAACUGAAAGCAUAUUGUUAGCCAUGAAAUCAUCACGUGACUACAUGAAAACCAAGAAGGGAAUUACAAAACCUGAAAUGAUAAUACCCGAAUCUGCACACUCAGCAUAUGACAAGGCUGCACAAUAUUUUAACAUCAAGCUGUGGCGUGUCCCUAUAAAUAAAGAAUUUCAAGCAGAUGUCAAAGCGAUUAAACGACAUAUUAACCGAAACACAAUUUUGAUUGUUGGGUCCGCACCUGGGUUUCCUCAUGGCAUCAUUGAUCCUGUUCAGGAGCUUGGUGAAUUAGCUACUAGCUUUGGAAUUUGUCUCCAUGUUGAUCUUUGUCUUGGUGGCUUUGUACUACCUUUUGCUAGGAAACUUGGGUACCCGAUUCCACCUUUUGAUUUUUCUGUAAGAGGAGUGACCUCAAUAUCUGUGGAUGUGCAUAAAUACGGCUUGGCUCCCAAGGGAACAAGUGUAGUUCUGUACAGAAAUCAUGAUAUAAGAAAGCAUCAAUUUGUUGCUGUUACUGAGUGGUCAGGAGGGCUGUAUGUAUCUCCAACAAUUGCUGGGAGCAGGCCUGGUGGCUUGAUUGCUGGGGCUUGGGCAGCAUUGCUAUCUUUGGGGGAAGAAGGAUAUUUGGAGAGCACGAAAAGGAUCAUGGAAGUGUCAAAGAGAAUACAGAAAGGGAUAAAGGAAAUUCCGGAGUUAUUUAUUAUUGGAAGGCCAGAUAUGACAAUUGUGGCAUUUGGUUCUGACGUUGUGGAUAUAUUUGAAAUCAAUGAUGUCAUGUCAUCCAAAGGUUGGCAUUUGAAUGCGCUGCAAAGACCCAACAGCAUUCAUAUAUGUGUGACUCUUCAACACGAACCAAUAGUUGAGGAUUUCCUCAGGGAUUUGACGGAGUCCGUGAAGACUGUGAAAGAAAAUCCAGGUCCAAUAAGUGGAGGUCUAGCUCCCAUAUAUGGCGCUGCAGGGAGAAUGCCAGAUAGAGGCAUGGUGCAGGAAUUGUUGGUCAAUUACAUGGACAGUACAUGCUAGAAGCAGUCCCUAAACCUUAGUUUGGGCUCUGUCUGUUUCUCAAAGUGUUGAUUUGUAUAAUAAUUCUUUGGCUUAAGUAUAAAAAAUAAUGGUAUUGAAUAA